UUCCUUGGCGAAGAUGAUCGAUCCCGCACGGUGUCAACAGAGUUCACGGGCUGGAGCGCAUCAGCGAACUUCAUUAAGUUGCAACGCAAACAAAAUAGGAUUCAGUAAAACAGACAUCGACAGAAAACGUCGUUCCACAAGGUUUUAAGUCAAUUUUACGAUCGAUGUGAACGAUAAGUAAUUCAAGAUGGUGAUGAGAAAGUGUUUUAGAAUUAUAGUGGGUCGUUCACGGCCAAUAUUCCCAAUUGCAAUGGGAAUUUGUCUGGGAAUCACGCUGAGUCUUCUUUGCUCUCCUCUGUUGGAAAGCAAUUGCGGUUUGGAAAACUUGGUUGCUGUCAGAACUGGACGUAAAACACACACCAUAUUCUACGGAACUGACGAAAAUGGAAACAUGUUAAGUGAAGAUGAUUUUGAACCAGUCCUUCGUGUGGAGGAAAAUCCACCGGACAGAGUCAUUGAGAAAAGGCGUGUUGUCCGAACGCGUUUCAUUGCGACGGAACUGGGAAUGAAAGAAAAAUUGUUUGUUGGAGUUGUGGUCUCCCGUGGUGAGAUACAUUCGGAAUCUAUGACAGUUGGCAUCAAUAAAACUCUUUCACAUUUUGUGAACAAAAUCGUUUUUUUUACGCGCACUAGGCCAGACCCCAUGCCAGCGGGAAUGAGUGUCGUCACUUUCGAAGGAGACCAGGCCGUCAUGCGAACAUUUCAGAUUUGGAAGUACAUUUACGAUCAUUACGGAAACGAUUACGAUUGGUUCUUUUUGAUGCAAGAUGACACUUACGUCUUUGGAGAAACUCUUUAUGAUUUUGUAAAUCAUAUCAGUAUCGGCAGAGAUAUUUACAUGGGAAUGCCAACUCACGAAGAAGAUAUGGAAGUUACUUAUUGUCAUAAAGAAUCAGGAUACUUGAUUUCGAAGAAUCUUUUGAUGAAGGUCGGUGACCACUGGGAGGAGUGUAUGCAGAAAGCUUGGAGCAGUCUACCUGCCCUGGAAGUGGCUCGAUGCAUCAAGGAGCACAGCGGAGCUCACUGCGUUGACAACUACGAGGGAACCACCUUCAAGGCACUCAACUUCCAGGACAAGGUCUUGACUCCCAAGGACAUGAAAGAUAAGAAACUGAAAGAAGCUCUCACUGUGUACCACGUAAUGGAUCAGCGCAUCAUCUACAAGCUACACAAGUACUUUACUGAGAUAUCUGUGAAUCGUUCGUAUGCAGAGAUAGCUCGCCUGCAGCGUGACAUCGAAGUGACAAGCCAGUACGCACCAGGAGGAAAGGCGAGUAUCACCUGGCCGGUCGGUAGACAACCCCCCUUCAAAGCCCAGUCAAGGUUUGAUGUCUUUGGUUGGGAGUAUUUCACCAUGACACACAUCUAUGGUAUUACCGAUAUAGAGUCAAAGGUGCCUCUCACUGGAGCCCAUAAGCAGGACAUUGAUGAGAUUGUUACAACGGCUAUGGGGCGUCUGAAUGACAAGUAUGAGAAGGCGUUCACAUUAGGUCGGUUGGUGAAUGGAUACAGGCGAUUUGAUCCUACAAGGGGGAUGGAGUACACAUUGGAUCUGGAACUCAAGAUGACGGCACAGAAGAAGACCAUUCAGAAACGGGUCCAUCUUCUGAGGCCGUUGAACAAGGUCGAGAUCCUUCCAAUGCCAUACGUCACAGAAUACACCCAGGUCACUAUCAUUAUUCCUGUUGUUGCCAGCAAGCAAGAUCAGGUCAAGACCUUCCUUGAUGUCUACACCAAGGUGUGUUUGGAAUCCAAGGAAAAGGUCGCGCUCAUGCUCAUCUUCAUUUAUAACCCGGUCCAAGCACGCUCAAUGGCUACUGAUGAUAUCUUUGGCGUUGUCAAAGGCCACGUUUCAUACCUUGAGAGGAAAUACACAGGUGCUCACAUUUCCUGGUUGAGUGUGAAGACAACCAUGCCAUCUUUGAUAGCUCUCAUGGAUGUCAUCUCCACCAAGUUUGCUUCAGAUACCUUGUUCUUUGUCACCAACGUCCACCUCGAGAUCAAUAAUGACUUCUUGAACCGCGUCCGUAUGAAUACCAUCACCGGCUGGCAAGCAUUCUUUCCAAUCCCAUUCGCUCAGUUUGACCCAGAGAUCAUCUACGCAGACUCUCCCAACCCAGGUACCAUCGAUAUCAGCAAGCAGGUUGGCCGUUUCGAUGACAGUUCGUACGAGCACGCAGCCUUCUACAACUCGGACUACAAGACGGCGCGUAAGCUGUGGGAUGAAAAGCAUCCAGGUGUUGGGACUGACCACAUCCAAUCUGAUGAGGAUUUGUUCGACAUGUUCUUGAACUGUAAGCUUCAUGUCUUUAGAGCUGUAGAUCCAGCCAUGAAGCAACACUAUCAGAAAAGAGUAUGCAGACCAACGCUUACAGAAGAUCGCUAUCACCGGUGCCUUGCCAGCAGGGCUGAAGGGCUGGCAUCAAGAUCGCAGCUUGCUGUUCAGAUAUUCCAGCAACAACAGCAACUGAAGCAGCAGCAACGGUUGUGAAAAAAUAUGUACAAAUCAAGGACACUAUCAAGAUGCAAUAUUUAAUGUUUCAUAAUUGUAAAUAAGAGAUUGAUAUGUUUUCAACUCACUAUUAGCAACAAAAAAAUUGUAAUACGAUUGAUGUUUAAUUCAAUUGAAAUCACUUGAAAAUAGUAGAAUUUGAUUGGUUUAUUUCAUAGCCUCUCUGUA